AAGAGUUCUUAAAAGUACAAUCGAGUUUAGUUUAAAGCGGAAAGGCGACUAAGAAAGUAGUAUUACUCCGUGAAAAAUAUAGAGCCCAAAAUGUAUACCAAAGCGGUCAUUGCCGGUCUUUUGAUGGCCUUUGUCUGUGUGCAGUUGGCUGAUUCGCUGGUGUGUUACACCUGUGUAACGCCCAAGGACUGCAAGAGUCCCAAGAAAGUAACCUGCACCAACGCGGCUGCCAAUGAGACUAGCAACUACCUGGCCGUCUACCAUCAGGGAGUGCAGAACCUGACCAGCUCUCGCUUCGACUGCCUGGCUCUAAAGUACACGUGGAACAACGAUACAAUCCAUCAGCUGCACGGCUGCAUUCACCCCAAUGUUGGGGCCUGCAGCUUGAGCCUGAAGCCGGCUUACUCCCACUACAAUAGGACGCACUGCAACAUCUGUUCGGGGGAUAAGUGCAACAAGAACCCAGCUGGAAAAAUGAGCAGCAGCACGGUCACCAUUACUGCUGGUAUCUUGGCUCUCUUGCUGGCCAAGAUCUUCGCCUAGAGCGCUCCUACCUAUAAAGAUGAGUUAAGCACAUCACUCGAUACCUUUCCUUAAUAAAUUAUUUCCCUUUCGAAUGUCUUCUAUAA